UCUUGACAUAAAUUGCCACCCUUGAUAUUCUGGGACAGCUAUUUUGAAGUCUGGAUAGUAGUUAAGCUAAGGAAAGGCUUUCCAUCUUCCAAGGCAACAUUCAGAAGGUAAAGAGAAGGCAGAGAGAGAGGUGCAUAAUGAAGCCCCAGCUCUACUCCAUCGUGAUUCUACUGCUUGCCGGGAUUAACUAUGCAGAAACAGCAGAAAAUUCUACCGAAGUUGAUGCAGCUUCUGGCUUACAACCGCCUCCGAUUUCUUCCGCUAACACAUCUGUUGCUAAACCGCCUGAAGACAACGUCACCUCUGUUACCAAAGCGCCCGAUGACAACAAAACCGCUGGUCCUGAAACUACCAAGGACAACAACGUCACCUCUGUUACCAAAGCUCCCGGUGAUGACAAAACCGCCGGUCCUAAAACCACCAAGGACAACAACGUCACCUCUGUUACCAAAGCUCCCGGUGAUGACAAAACCGCCGGUCCUAAAACCACCAAGGACAACAACGUCACCUCUGCUACCAAAGCUCCCGGUGAUGACAAAACUGCUGGUCCUGCAACCACCAAGGACAACAACAUUACCAAAACUCCCAAGGGCAACGCCACCACUGUCACCAAAACCUCUCAUAAAACAAUCGUUUCCAAAGCCCCCACCGACAAGGUCACGGUUCUUUCUGAAGCCCCCAACAGCAAGGCCACAGCUGCUCCCAGCCUGGCCCCUAGCGUGCCACCAGUUCGCACCACACGGCGGAGCGGCAAUGUCACUAGCGCAGUCCGUAAGACUACAAGGCUUACUUCAACCAAAUCACCUCUUGGGAGCAGCACAUUUCCAGUGCCUUCAUUGUUUGCAAUUGUGCUGCUUGUCGUUUCUGGACUCUGUUUUUAAGAAAGCAUCGUUCUGUUGCACGCUGCCAUUCUGGGUGAAAGGGGAGGGCAUUUUUCCUUUCUUUUUGCUAUUAAUAAAUGUGCCAUAGUCCAGGGGUCUCCAACCUUGGCAAGUUUAAGACUUGUU